AUGAGGAGGAGCCAAGGCCUUACUGGGUCCAACCUCAGCACCGACCUGCGGGUGGUGCUGGUGGGUCAGGAGAGAGUCGGCAAGAGUUCAACCGGAAACACCAUCCUGGGCAGUAAAGUGUUUGAGAACCGCUUCACCACCAGACCUCUGACGAUCCACAGUGAGAAGAGCGAGGCCAAUAUCAUGGGUCGCCGAGUGACGGUGGUGGACACCCCAGGUCUCUUUAGCUCUCAGCUGUCUAAACACGACUUGAAGACGGAGCUGGAGAAAGCGCUGACGCUCAGUAGCCCUGGUCCUCACGCCUUCCUCCUCACCAUCCAGCUGGGGAGGUUCACUGAGCAGGAGCAGCAGGGGCUGCAGAGGCUGCAGAAGAUACUGGGUCCUGGUGUCUCCAAACACAUUGUGCUGCUGUUCACCUACGGGGACCGGCUGGAAGACAUGGACAUCUCGGAGUUUGUAAGAGAGGACCAGAACCUGUGUAAGCUGCUCGACAAGUGCAGUGGCCAGUACCAAGUGUUCAACAACAGGGAGGUGGACAACAGGGAUCAGGUCACAGAGCUGCUGAAGAAAGUAGAGGAGGUCUCCCAGAGGGGACCCAUCGCCAGACCUCAGUCUUAA